GCACCCGGCACUCGGCGGUGCUCGGCUGUCUCCGGCCGCUCGCUCGGCGUUCGGGUCCGCGGCCGCUGCGGCGCCGGGCAUUUCUCCGCAGCUCGGCUCGCGGCCGCGCCCGCCGCCGCCCGGCCCCGCGCCCAUGCAGGCCAUCAAGUGCGUGGUGGUUGGCGAUGGUGCCGUGGGGAAGACGUGCCUGCUGAUCAGCUACACGACCAACGCCUUCCCCGGAGAAUAUAUCCCCACAGUUUUUGACAACUACUCAGCCAACGUGAUGGUGGAUGGGAAACCAGUCAACCUGGGGCUGUGGGACACUGCUGGCCAAGAAGACUACGAUAGGCUUCGGCCCCUCUCCUAUCCUCAAACCGAUGUCUUUCUUAUCUGCUUCUCCCUGGUGAGCCCGGCCUCCUUUGAGAACGUCCGUGCCAAGUGGUACCCAGAGGUGCGGCACCACUGCCCACACACACCCAUCCUUCUGGUGGGCACCAAGCUGGACCUCCGCGAUGACAAGGAUACGAUUGAACGGCUGCGGGACAAGAAGCUGGCACCCAUCACCUACCCCCAAGGCCUGGCCAUGGCCCGAGAGAUCGGUGACCUCCUGCCCCCAGAGACUCUGCUCUUGGAGACCAAACUGAGGCCUUCUGAGGGAAGCUGGGGUUACAGAUGUAUGUGGGUUCUUGGGGUCUUCAUCAAGGCCCUCUAUGGAACUAUAAUUGCUCAGGAUCAUGGAGGAAGGGUCAACGAAAGCUUCAACCCUGAAUAUCUCCGAUGA